AUGGUCGCGUUAAAAACUUUGUUGAUAGGCAUAGCCUCCUUCUUUGGAUUUGCUGCAAUAGUGGUGGUCCUAGGCCUUAUUCCUGUAUAUACCAAAAGUAAUGCCACCACUAUCACAGUCGCAACCACAACUACUACAACAAACACAAUCGCUACCUCAACCACUACCACAACAACAAAUGUUUCGCCUACUACAACAGCGUCGACUACAGCAACGUCUACACUAGUAAACACGACAGCCGUAACAACAGCCCCCUUAACAAACACCACAUUAUCUACAACCAACACACCACCAGCCACAACAAUAAAUACGACAGCAGCAUCGAACAACACAACAUCAUUUAUCUCGAAUUCCACGAUCACAACUACCGUUAUCGCAACGAACACAACCCUGACCUCAGUCAAUACAACGGCACCAACAACAAUCACACCUGCCAACUCCACAUCGUCAGCGAUUACUUCCCUUCCAACGAACACAACCCCAGUUACAACGUAUACCACAGUCGCAUGGAACAAUGGAACAUCAUCUGUGUCGAACAUCACAUCAGCAACUACAAUUCUGCCAGGUAACACAACAUCUGCCACAUUGAAUGCCACUGUUGCAUGGACCAGUGGAACAUCAACAAUGUCGAAUACUACAGCACCAACUACCAAUCUACCAGGCAACGCAACGUCUGCUACAUUGAAUCCCACAACCGCAUGGAACAACGGAACAUCAACGAUGUCGAACAGUACAUCACCAACCACAAUCGUACCCGGGAACACAAUCCCGGCUACAAUGAACGCCACAGCCGGAUGGACCAGCGGAACAUCAUCCAUGUCGAAUACUACAGCACCAACUACAAAUCUACCAGGAAGCACAACAUCGGCUGUAAUGAAUGCCACAUCUGCAUGGAGCACUGGUACAUCAUCCAUGUCGAAUAGUACAUCAGCAACUACAAUUCUGCCAGGCAACAUGACAUCUGUGACAAUGAAUCCCACAAUCGCCUGGAACAACGGAACAUCGACCAUGUCGUAUAGUACAUCACCAACUACAAAUCUGCCAAGAAGCACAACAGCAGUUGCAAUGAAUGCCACAGCCGCAUGGACCAGCGGAACAUCAACCAUGUCGAAUACUACAGCACCAACUACAAUUCUGCCAGGGAACACAGCAUCUACGACAAUGAACGUCACUGCUGCAUGGACCAGCGGAAUAUCAACGAUGUCGAAUAGCACAGCACCAACUACAAUGAAUCCCACAACCGCAUGGAACAACGGAACAUCAACCAUGUCGAAUAGCGCAUCAGCAACUACAAUGAAUGCCACUGCUGCAUGGACCAGUGGGACAUCAACAAUGUCGAAUACUACAGCACCAACUACCAAUCUACCAGGCAACGCAACGUCUGCUACAUUGAAUCCCACAACCGCAUGGAACAACGGAACAUCAACCAUGUCGAAUACUACAGCACCAACUACCAAUCUACCAGGCAACGCAACGUCUGCUACAUUGAAUCCCACAACCGCAUGGAACAACGGAACAUCAACCAUGUCGAAUACUACAGCACCAACUACAAUUCUGCCAGGGAACACAGCAUCUGCGACAAUGAACGUCACUGCUGCAUGGACCAGCGGAAUAUCAACGAUGUCGAAUAGCACAGCACCAACUACAAUGAAUCCCACAACCGCAUGGAACAACGGAACAUCAUCCAUGUCGAAUAGCGCAUCACCAACUACAAUGAAUGCCACUGCUGCAUGGACCAGUGGAACAGCAACAAUGUCGAAUCCUAUAGCACCAACUACAAAUCUGCCCGGGAACGCAACAUCUGCGACAAUGAACCCCACAGCUGCAUGGACCAGUGGAACAACAGCAAUGGCGCAUACUACAUCACCAAUUACAAUUCUGCCAGGCAACACAAUGUCUGCUACAUUGAAUCCCACAACCGCAUGGAACAACGGAACAUCAUCCAUAUCGACCACUACCGGGGCAGCUACAGUUGUGGCGAGCAACACAGCUGUCUCUGCAGCGAAUACGGCGACGGCAACCACUGGCACACUGAUGAAUAGCACGGUUGUAGCUAUGUUAGCAGGUACUAGUGCAGCUAGUUCUACGAUCGGAACGGGGGGAAAUAUCACGGGAGGAUCUACAGUAGAAAUGAUGGGAACAUCUGUUCCAAUCGUAACAGCUAGUAGCACACCAGUAGCGAGUACAACGUUUGAAGCUGCUGGAAUGGAAAUGAAUGUAUCCGCCGAUGUGACAAUGGUAGGAUUAACGGAUACAGCAGUAUAUACUACCGCUGCAAGUACGGUAAGGCAGUCUGUGAGUGUGAGUGCGGCAACAGGUACAGCGACUAGUACAAUGCAUAUACAUUCCAUUGAGGCAACAUCAACGAUAAUGAUGUCAAGCAUGAGCUAUCCAGUUCUUAGCUCCACAGAUUACGGUAUUAAAACUACUGUUUCAGCAACUCAAACAGGAUCAACAUCUGGAAUGACACUAAGCCCAGUGGCCAUAGUUUCUAGUAUUGGUGUACUAACAACAUCAGGUACGUAA